AUGGUGCAUAUGGCCAAUUCAUUUGCAGAAGAGUGUGAUUAUCUGUUCAAGGCUGUUCUUCUUGGAGAUUCAGCAGUUGGGAAGUCCAAUCUUCUUUCAAGAUUUGCUAGAAAUGAAUUUCAUUUAGAUUCCAAGCCAACCAUUGGUGUCGAAUUCGCUUAUCGAAAUAUACAAAUGGGGGAUAAGCUCAUCAAGGCUCAGGUUUGGGACACUGCUGGCCAAGAAAGAUUUAGAGCCAUUACAAGUUCAUACUACCGUGGAGCUCUAGGCGCCUUACUAGUCUACGACAUAACAAGGAGGGCAACGUUCGAAAAUUUGAAGAAAUGGUUGCACGAGCUACGUGAAUUCGGUAGCCCCGACAUGGUUGUUGUUCUUUUGGGCAACAAAUCUGAUUUGAGUCAGUCAAGAGAAGUUAAUGUAGAAGAGGGACAAAGCUUGGCUCAGCAGGAAAAUCUGUUCUUUAUGGAAACAUCUGCUAGAGAAAACGUGAAUGUGGAAGAGGCAUUUCUUCAAAUGGUUGGUAGAAUAUAUGAAAUUACCAGUCAAAAAAGUCUUCAAAAUAAAACAAAGGAAGCAACAAAUCCAUCACUUCAAGGGAAAAAGGAGUUCAUUUAUAUUGAUGAAGUAUCAGACACUAAACAAACUAGUCAUUGUUGUUCAUAUUGA